AAUUGACAUGAAUUUGGUUACUGUUUGUAUUUUGUACACUUCUUCUAAAUAGUGAUGAGUGAGCAAAAAUUGUAUUAAAAAUUAAUAUUAUUACCUUAUUUAAUUAGUGAAGUAAAACAGACAAAUAAUUUUAGUAAAUAGAAACAUUAUUCAAUGAAAUGGGAAAUUCAGGAUUAAAACAACAUUAUGAAACGGCUUCUAAAACAGGCGUUUUACAGAUAUCAAACCAUAAAUUAAAAGAAAUCCCUGAAGAAGUUUUUACUUUAGCGGAAAAUCUCCGAAAUUUGGAUUUAUCGAAGAAUAAAAUAACUCAUGUACCUGAAGAUUUGAGUAUGUUUAAGUUUUUAAAACAACUGAAUUUAAGCACAAAUAUGAUUCAGGUUUUGCCCGAAUCAUUAGCAAAUCUCAAAAAGUUAGAAUUACUCAAUGUUUCCUUUAAUUCACUUGCGUCGCUACCCAAGUCUAUAACUACUUUAAGUAAUUUGAAGCAGGUGUAUUUAAAUGAUAACAAAUUCAAAGUUUUUCCAAAGGAACUGAUUGGGCUUAAUAAUAUAGAGGUUGUAAAUCUUUCGAACAAUAAGAUAACAGAAAUUCCAAAAGGUAUGUCAAAAUUCUAUGCCAUGGAAUUAAAUGUGAGUCAGAAUGAGAUUUCUGUGUUAAGUGAUGAUUUACAUGAGGCACCUCGCUUGAAAAUAUUGAGAUUAGAAGAAAACUGUUUAAGUCUAGAUGUGAUUACACCGAGCUUGCUUAGAGAUUCAAAAAUACACACGAUUAAUGUAGAUGGAAAUCUUUUUGAACCAAAGCAGUUAGCAUCUCUAGAAGGCUACAAUGAAUACACAGAAAGAUAUACAGCUAUGAAAAAGAAAAUGUUUUGAUAGUACUUUUAAAUAAAAAGCAAUAAUAAAUUUUAAAAUGUAUACAA